CUCCCCUUCGAUCUCCUUGUUCUUGCAAAACAUAACAAAGAAAUAUUAAUGACUGCUUACAUUCUGAAUUCUGACAAAGAUUUCGUUUUUGCCUAUGCACAUCCUCCUGAUCAAGUGAGUGUGUGGGAGCACGUGGCAUGUGAUGUGAGUAGUCCUCAGUUUGUCCUAACUACAGACGCCGUGAACCAGUGGCGCAAGCAAGCUUCCAUUAGCCCUAGUACUGCUGGCUCGCAGCACUACAACGCCCUGCAAGUGUUCGGCGUCUCGAUCAAGGGAGGGCAGCUGGUCGAGCUGGCUCGCGAGCUGAAGCGGGAAAACAAGUACGAAAUGGGUGUGAAUCGUCUCGGGCUCUGCGUGAUCACACAAAUCGGCGGCUCGCUCAUCAAGCACAUACGGAUCCACGAUUACUUCGGUUGGUCCAAGUACGGCGUCCAAGUUCCUCGACAAGACGUAAUGAGGGAGUCCGCGAUGUGGAACAGCCUCGACAUGCACAGCGGAGAAAUCAUGGUGGACGUUCGAGGGAUCGUCAGAGCUGCUGGGGAAGCCAAGGAGGAGAUGAGCAACGAGCUGACGAUUUGCAGGAAGGAAUUGGAUUCGAUGAAGAAGGAGAAGGAGUCCAGCGGAGAUGAUGUGGAAGCUGGCAAUAAGGAGCUGCGGCGGAGCCUGGAGGAGAUGGAGAUGGAGCUGGCGUCGUGCAGGAAGGAGGUGGAAUGGAACGUGAAGAACGAGGCGCUGUGGAGCAAGAUAUUGGGCGAGAAGAACGACCAGCUCAAGGUGCUGGAAAGUCAACGCCUUGCUGCAGAGGCUGCCCUACGUAAGGCCCUUGGCCGUGGUUGAAAACAAAGUGAUUAACAUGACACAGUGUAAUAUAUCAUUAAAAGAUUGCCAGCUGGGAAGUGUUUUUUUUAUGUUGUUAAACUUAGCUUCUUAUCAUCUGAUGUUCUGUUGUUGCAAGUUUCUACUUUGAUGAUGAUCAGUGUGUUGAAGUUACUACCUAACUUGUUGUAGUACGUCUUUUUAUAUAUAUAUAGUUCCUAGUCAACUACUGAUACGUGACCUAAUAAUCAUGGUACAUGUGUUUUGGUUAUGUCACGCUGAUAAAUACUGAUGACAUAUGGAUGUGGUUAUGAUUGUGUCAUAAGAAUGAUGUUUUUAUAUAUUAAGGAACUCUGCAGGUUGGGAAGUCAAUUCGAAUUUCAUACUUCCUUCAGUUGAGUUCAUCAACAACUUAACUACGCUGAAUCCUGCUCUCAUAUAUGUAUAUUCUCAUUGUAUAAUUCUUUACUUCUGAAAACCCUAUUUAGCCUUUACCUUUUACCUAAUUCCAUAAUCCAUACCAUAGAGGCGUAGACAUUCUCUUGGAAUUCAUUUCCUCCCUAACUACAACAAGAAUCCGCAUAAAGUAUUAGAAUAACC